AUGGGCGAUGCGCUGGGAGCCGGCGUUGAGGGAUACACGUACGAGAUGAUUCGAGAGAUGUUCGUCAAAACAGACGGCCGGGCGCUGAGUUACAUCAAUGCCACGCACAUGGGCGUGCGUAAGCUCGGCAUGCGCUAUGGAAUGUACACCGACGACACCCAAACGGCUCUCGCCUUGGCCACCUCCCUCAGGGGCUACCCGCCAACUGCUCAGGCCGUGUUGAAGGCCAUCGGCCAGGACGGUGCGGACUACCGCAAGACCGGCACGAUCGCGUUCCCUGACGGUUCGUACGCCAACGGAGGUGCGAUGAGGAUAGCCCCGGUCGGCCUGGCCUUCAGGAACGCUUCGCCGGCCGAGCUGAGGGAAGCGGUGCGGUGGGCCAUCGUCUCGUCCCACGUCCACGCCCAGGCGAUCGACGGCGCCUACCUCCAGGCGCUAUCAGUGGCGAUGUGCACCCAUAUGUCCGCCGAGCAGCGAGACAGCUUCGAUCCUCGGGAGUACCUGGAGACCAUGAGAAAGGCGGCCGCCACUCUGCCCAUGAAGAAGCGCAUCAAGGCGCUCGUGCUCAAGCUUGAUAACGUGCUUGCGGGGAAGGAGGUGCACGACAUGGUUGAUGUGUUCGACGAAAUCGUGGAGGACGACUUCCAGAUCAAGGCCGUGGACGCCAUGGCCGUAGUGCUGUGGGCCGUGGCGCGCUAUUGGCGGGACCCGGCUGAUUGCAUCAUCCGAACGGUAGGCUUCGGCGGGGACACCGACACAACCGCUGCCAUGGUCGGGGCGAUCAUGGGCGCCAUGCAUGGGACGAGCUGGAUGCCCAAGCACUGGUACGACAACCUGGAGAAUGGCGACUACGGCCGCGACUACUGCAUACGCAUUGCAAGGGGACUGGCGGCGUUGGAUCUGCAUCAGGUGAAGGGCCAAGGCGAGCACGCCGUGGAAUGGGUCUGA